AUGUCGGACUCGUCAUUACACGAUAUUAACAAGAAGAGGACAGCCGAUGACAGAGUUGAGAUAAACUUCGUGCUUCCCGAUGGAGGGAAUAUCUAUCGAGAGUACUCAGUUACUCAGACGCUCGAAGAGGCGCUUGAUGAUGUCUGGGAUGCUGGGGGCGAAGAAGAGAUAUGGAAGAGUUUUGUUAUUGAAGUGGAAGAACUUUAUUCGAGUGACGAGGAAGCUGAUGAGAACGAGUUUGAGUUUUUUUCUUCGUCUUCCGAGUCUGAAUCAGAGCCAGAGCCCGAAGAGGAAUCAAUUCAGUCGAUGGACAGUGAACUCAGAGAUGAGGUGCACCCGGUUCUGAAUUCCAUGUUCAACCCAUAUCAUAACACCUUGGUCACACUAACUGGUAGACCUUACAUUCCAAAGUCUCCUGAGCCACCGAAGGAGGAGAAACAAAAACUCUAUCGCUACGUGAAAAAAAGUGACGUACGAUUACGAGCUGUCACAAAAAGCAACUUCAAAAUAAAGGAGUUUAAAGGCGAUGAGAUGCAAAUUCAGAUUCAAUCUUUGGACUUGUUUGAAUUCCUUGUACGCGUCAGUUUCGCAGAGAGCAACUCAGAAAACCAUGAUCGAGAAGCUCAAGAAGCCACAAUCAACAAAAUCAUAGGAAACAAGCAAAUGGCCGACUACAACAAAUAUGUGGUUUCUUAUGAGGAUCCCGAAGACGAUAAAAAACUUCUUUGUGAGCGGCUGAAUGAUCCCCACUACUCUCUCCAUAUGAUGAGGCGACACCUGAUCGAUUUUUGCGAGAAGGAGAAAACUCAGCUUCGAGACGACGAUAAUAAGAAUCCUCUUUGUGGAUGGAAUCGCGAUUUUGGUGCGCGAAAAGUGCAGAAUGUCAUCCAAGCUCAAUACUUUACGCGAUCUUGGUGCAACCAGAAAGAUAAUGAGCAGACCUACGUGAACGCAAGAAUCUAUCUCCGACAUUGGGUAGAGGAUAUGCCAUACGAAGAGGCAAAACUGAGCUUCGAGUUGACGAUUCGCUUCUCUCGAUUCGAAAAGACUGCGAAAGAACGUCCUACUGUAGUGCUGGAUCUCCUCGAAGAUGUAAAUAACAGUCCGUUUUACAAACGAAAUGUGGCUUUACAGCGCUAUUUGCCAGUUCGAAACGGGCUCGAUUUUUUCAUCGUCGCUGGAAAAAUGGAAAUUCUGCUACCACUCACAGAAAAAGUGCGCAAUUUCACGUCGAUUCAGAUCGGCAAAUUCGAACAAGUAAACUUGUAUCUUUGUCGAGGACUGGACAAAAUGGUGCCUAAUUACUUUCCUUGGAAUCCAGGGAACAUGCAUAACGAUAACCUCACGGUGAAUAACAUUGUUCUUGAAAACCCAUAUGAUGGUUCAACUUUGCAAGAGAGUAAACAAAGUAAAUACAAGCACGCCCUCGCAAUGCGUAUCAUGACCACACAAGACAUUCCUUACAAUGUUGCCCAUGAAAUUUACUACAAAGUAGCAGUUAUCAAUGGCAGAAAAAUUCUAGCAUCUCAACUCGACCAAAACUUCGGACAAACAACCCUUGCCUCAUUUUUAAAGCCUUACUUUCGCUUCAAAAACCUCAUCUUCGCCGAUCUGCCUCAAGAAUUAUGGAUAGAAAGACCUGGUCAGACCAAGUUAGGACCACCAACACUUGGCGGCUUCACGAACUUCAAGCUCUUCAAUCAGUUUGGAGUAUGCCACGUGAGGGAAAACUUCGACAUCAAGCUCAACAGACUGGCUGAAGAGAAUAUCCCUCUUGACUUUCUAGAUACCGCCUUCAUCAGAGACAACGAAGGUGCUUUGUUCUUUAUUGGAAAUGUGGGAGAUAGUCCAUCCGAAAUCACGGUCAGAAUCUCGCUUGAUGACCAAAAGAUGAAAGAACAAAGAGUUAGAGAGCUUGUGUAUCACUGUAAUCAAGAAGAUGCCCCGCCAUGCAUGCGUAGGAACUCGCUCAUUGUAGAUGAGCCAGAGGAUCCGGAAGUCAAACAUUCACUAAAAGAGACGCAUGACACGUCUGCGGCCAGUAGUGAGCUUACUCUUGAGCGAGAUGUUCUCAGUGAGUCCACGAAUAAAGCACUGAAGGCGGAGCGUGAAACCCACCUAAUUCAAAUUCGAAAAACUCUUGGAAUCAUCGACUCGAGCAUCGGUCCAUUCAGCGUGAACGUCGAUAAAAAGAAAACAAGCCAGACAGAUGCUAUACUCCGUGAGAUUCGGGAGAGUAGGCUUUUGCAAGAAGAGAUUAUUAAAAGCAUGCCUCAUCAGAUCCACAAGUAUAUUCAAGCAUUCAGCAGCGCCGAACAUUCCAAAGAACUUUACAAAGCUCUGGACCGCUGGAAUCUUGCAAAACUCUCGCCUGAGACUUUUCUGCCACUUUUGAGUCAGGACUUCAUCGACCCGAUCGUUAGGUGCUGGGCAAUCAUGCAACUAGACAAGUACUCGGACGCUCAACUUGAAGAACUGCUUCUCCAAAUUGUGCACUUAUUAAAAUACGAGCCAUAUCAUGACAUAACGCUGAGUCCUGAAGGCGUAACAGUCCUCGGGCGCAUGAACCUUCCUCGCUUCCUUCUUCAGCGUUCUAUGAGAAAUCGUCGUUUCGGCAGCGAACUCGGAACUCCCUACAUUGCCAACAGCCAUCAAUUGGAGAGGUUUUUCUUUACAGUGAUAAUGGAGUGCUUGCUGAAAUUUGGAGGCCAAUACUUCCAUAACCCGCACAGAAAUUACAAAACGCCAGAGCUAGUGAGAAGUCAUCUAUAUAAGCAAGUGCACUUUUGGGAGCAAAUUAUCAGUCUUCACAAUCACUACAUGCACUAUGCUGAUGCGAUUGAGCGAAUUAAGAAGGCCUUUAUUGAGAACAAAGAGUAUAAAAAGUGCGAUUGGGAGUGCCUUGUUAAUCCACUUGAGCCAGAAAUGUUGCUCAUGGAUCUGAACAUGGAAAAGAUGAAGAUGUUUUCCUCGGCGCGUAAACCUAUUCUGCUUCCCUGGGUGAAUGCCUCUCUUAUUUUCAAAGAAGGCGAUGAUCUGCGACAAGAUGUCCUCGGCUUACAGAUUAUCCGUUGCAUGGACACUGCUUGGAAAAGCAGACGAUCACACAGACACAAAAGACCUGAAAGAGCUAAUAUUAUAUUAGACCUAAAUAUGACCACUUAUCAAGUGUUGGCCACUCCUAAGUGCUUAACAAAAGACUACUCUCUUGAUGGCUUUCGUCAAUAUGGUUUCAUUCAAAUGGUGCCUGGUGAAACCCUCUCUUCAAUCAACGAGACGUACGGCAAGACAAUGGGCUACAUAAGAAGUGGCACAUUUGGCAUGAAGGAAUUCUUAGACGGCAUGUCAGUCAAAAAUCCUGAACAUAAGCAUCAGCACGUGACAAACGAGCACUUGUAUUGGGCCUUCAUGAAUUCGUUAGCAGGCUCUACGGUGGCAACUUUUGUUAUCGGAAUUAGAGAUCGCCACAAUGACAACAUCAUGAUUGGACUCCAAGGGGAAAUAUUCCACAUCGAUUACGGGCACAUUCUAGACCACCGGAAGAAGAAGCUCGGCUAUGAUCGUGAGCCGCACGAAUUCAUUCUUACCACAGAUUUUGUGAAGGUGUUUGCACAUGGCCCCGACAAGGAUCUCAUACGAAAGAUCUUCGUGGAGAAAUGUAUCUGGGCAUACGAGAGAGUGCUGGAAAGAAGACACGAUUUGAAACUGAGAUUUUUGAUGUUGGUCAACGCAGAUUUGCCAGAGCUAAAAUAUGCAGACUUGCAAUACUUAGAUCAAAAACUAGGCUACGACAUGUCUGAGCACGAAGAGUGUGGGCAUAAGUGGGAGGAACACAAAGAGGUGCUGGUCUCAGCCUUUAGGAGGAAAAUGAAUGAGUAUAUGAGCAACAGAGGAAUGAGACUGAUCAUGAACUUCAUCGCCCACGACGUGCGCAAGAAGAUCAAACAAACCCUCAAGAUCUAA